AAGUGCCUCGGGGUCGCUGAGAUGGAACUGUGCUGGGCUAGGAUAGGAGGCUGCUCAGCAUAUAAAGCCGCCGUCCCCGCGGCUGCAAGGGUUUGCUUUUUAACUCCCUUGUGACCCUAGGGUUGAAGGGUUUCCGGUCGGAGGCCAUUAGAUGGGACACCCGGAAGGCGGAAGUCUUAGGACGGAAGUGGCCCAGAGGGACGGAGAAUGGCGAUGCGAGGCUGGAAUUGGCGCUGGGGCUGGGGCCGGCAGUGCCCGGGAAGGUCUGGGCUUACCGGCCCCGGCCCUGGCCCCAUUACACUUCUGUUUCUUCUUCUCCUAUUGCUGGGGCUGGUGGCUGCGGAUAUAACUGAUGGCAACAGUGAACACCUCAAGAGGGAGCAUUCGCUUAUCAAGCCCUACCAAGGGGUCGGUUCCAGCUCCAUGCCCCUCUGGGACUUCCAAGGCAGCACUAUACUCACGAGCCAGUACGUGCGUCUGACCCCUGACGAGCGCAGCAAAGAGGGCUCUAUCUGGAACCACCAGCCUUGCUUCCUCAAGGACUGGGAGAUGCAUGUCCACUUCAAAGUUCACGGUGCAGGGAAAAAGAAUCUCCAUGGAGAUGGCAUCGCCUUGUGGUACACCCGCGACCGCCUGGUGCCAGGACCUGUGUUUGGAAGCAAAGACAAGUUCCAUGGCUUAGCCAUCUUUCUGGACACGUAUCCCAAUGAUGAGACCACAGAGCGUGUAUUCCCGUACAUCUCGGUGAUGGUGAACAAUGGCUCCCUGUCCUACGACCACAGCAAGGAUGGCCGCUGGACCGAGCUGGCGGGCUGCACGGCUGACUUCCGCAACCGUGACCAUGACACCUUCCUGGCUGUGCGCUAUUCCCGGGGCCGGCUGACGGUGAUGACUGACCUGGAGGACAAGAACGAGUGGAAGAAUUGCAUUGACAUCACAGGAGUGCGUCUGCCCACUGGCUAUUACUUUGGAGCCUCGGCUGGCACUGGCGACCUGUCUGACAACCAUGACAUCAUCUCCAUGAAGCUGUUCCAGUUGAUGGUAGAGCACACACCUGAUGAGGAGAACAUUGACUGGACCAAGAUUGAGCCCAGCGUCAACUUCCUCAAAUCGCCCAAAGGGUCCUUUUUAAAGGAGUUUGAAACUCAAGCAUUUCUUCAGCUCUGGGAAAUUUUCUUCUAUUAUCAUUUAUUAUUUACUCUCCUGCUGAUGUGUUGUGACAGUUUUACACUGCCCCCAAAUUCUUUGAUGCUUCUUCCCAUCAAGAGGUAGGUUGUUCCCUCUCCUUGAGUGGGAGGCUUGUGAUCGUUUCCGUCAGUGGAGGGUGGCAGAAGUGAUGCACUGCGAUUCCAAGGCCAGGUCAUAGAGGCCAGGCCGCUUCGCCUGACUGACUGAGACGUUAGCUCUUGGAGCCACCAUGUGAGAAGCCCCACGACCUGAAACCCCAUGCUGGGGAGCCCUGUGCAGGCACUCUUGUUGACAGUGCCACUGGUGCCCAUCCACAGCCAUCGGCCGAGGUGCUGGACAUGCAAGAAAAGAAGCCAUCUGAGCUCCCACAGCAGCUAUUCAUCCUAGCAAAAGCCCAGGCAUCAUGGAGUGGAGAAGAGCUCACAGAUUCCUGUGUCUUCAAAUCCCCAACCCACAGAGUCCGUGAACAUAAAAAUGAUUGUUAUUUUAUACGUCUAAGCUUCGGGUUGGCCUUUUCUAUAGCAAUAGAUGAUUAGACCAAACACACAAACACAAUCCCCAGCAGUCCUCUCCAUCUCUAGUGAACUCCGGUUGGAGGCACAGGAAGGGAGAGGCCAUCGAUGUUGCCUUAGCCCUGGUCGUCUGUGUUCUUGUGCUUGCAGUCAUCUGACUGUUGGAAAACAGGCAUUUCCCAUUGCCUCAGGACUGUGCGAUCCACGUUCAUGACAUGGGCCUAAGGGCAUACUUGCCCCCUCUAUUAAACCAAGGAUGAGGUUUUUCUCAAAGUAGAAACCUAACAUCACAUUAGGAACUUAUUUUUUUCACCAAACAAAGAAAAAUCCCAGCUAAAGACAUAAUUGUGUGGGCUAAUUGAAAUAACUUAUAGGUAGUAUCAAUACUGUUUUUUUAUUUUAAAAUGUAUCAAGCAAUAUAUGCAAUAAUUAAAAAAUCAAAUAUAUCAAAGACUCCUAGCCACAACAAAAAGAACUACUCUCCCAUGAUACAGAAGCAGUGAUGUUCAACUCUUAGCUCUUUCUCCUAAUACUUUUGUAUUUCUAAGUUUCUAAGUGCUGUGUUUUUAUCUUAAUUAAAAAUUUUCAGCAUUGUA